AUGCUCUCCGACACUGUGUAUGAGCUCUGUCAUGACGAGAAGACCGUCACUUCAGAGCUCUUGCAGGAUCCAUCACAAUCACCCACUAAGCUAUUCCAGAAGUUGUAUCAUGAUCGGAAGUCAAAGUCACACAAGUCUGACUCGAACGAGUCGGUCGACAAGGAUGACCAUGAACUGCGAAAGGUUCUGCAGUGUGGUAACUGGGGCAGCACUCAACCCAGCGACCUUUUCUUGAAGAUCUACCACGAUGCGCUUUGCGCAUUAGAAAAAAAUCCCAUGUCCGGGGUAGUCUCCCCGCCACUGAUGGGCAGCCACGGCGUAGUCCCUCUGACUAUCAUCGCCCCAUUGCCUGAUCUCUGUCGCCAUAUGGCCAAUUGCAUUGUGCGAGCUGAGAAGGAAGUGUUCCUGGCGACGAAUUUCUGGAUUCACUCGGAUGCCUCCACAUUGGUAACCAAUGCGUUCCGAGAGCUAUCCCGACGAGCCGGCGAACGUGGAACGAAAGUAAUUGUCAAGAUGGUCUAUGAUCGCGGAGAUCCGCAGCAGCUGUUCGAGAACCACCUACCAGUGCCAGAGAAGAAAUAUACCAGCGAAAAGGUGCAACUGCCUGCGGCUCAUGAGAUCCCCAACAUCGACCUGCAGGUUGUCAAUUACCACCGACCUAUCUUCGGGACCUUUCACGCCAAGUUCAUGGUAAUCGAUCGACGCAUUGGACUGCUGCAGAGCAGUAAUGUGCAGGAUAACGACAACCUGGAGAUGAUGAUUCAUGUCGAGGGACCCAUUGUGGAUGGGUUGUAUGAUACGGCGUUGAUUUCGUGGGGUCGUUCUCUCGAACCCCCAUUGCCCAUGCUGGACUCUCCUGCCACGGGGGCUCCUAUUCCUUGUCACGCCUCGCAGCAGCCAGACUAUGAUGCUUCAGACCCGGGGCCUCUCCCAGAACUUACUGUCGACGAACAUCACUAUGACCCGGAUAUUCGGGCUGAGGCCCAGCGCAUGAAUGGUUUGCUUUUACCACGGGAGGGAGAGACCAGAACGCAGGCUGUGACUCGUCGCUUAAAUACCACAAUCCAAACUGACAUGUCCGCCGACGCCCCCGAAAGCGACCAAGAACUCAUUAUGCAGCCCUAUGUCGUCCUCCCACCACACGAUCCCUUCCCAAUGGCCGUCAUCAACCGGGAACCCUGGGGCGCCCCCAACCAUAGCAGCGUCCACACGCCACAAAACAGCAGCUUUCUCGCAGCAAUCAACAACGCGCAAGAAUCUAUCUUUAUUCAAACUCCCAACAUGAACGCCGAGCCCAUCGUCCAGGCUCUGAUUGAGGCCGUCAAGACCCGCGACGUCACCGUCACAUGCUACGUGUGUCUGGGGUACAACGACGCCGGCGAAUUACUGCCGUUCCAGAACGGGACGAACGAGAUGGUUGCGCACCGAAUGUACAAGGCGCUGGAUACGGACGAGCAGCGAUUCCGUCUGCGGAUUUUUAAUUAUGUGGCGAAGGAUCAAGUCCGGCCGAUUCAUAAUAAGUUUAAGCGGAGGAGUUGUCAUAUUAAGUUGAUGAUUGUUGAUGAGAAGGUUGCUAUUCAAGGUAAUGGAAACCUCGAUACCCAAUCCUUCUACCACAGCCAGGAGGUAAACCUUCUGCUGGAUUCCCCAUUCGUCUGCCGCGCCUGGCGUGAAGCCAUCGACCGGAACCAGAACACGGCGUACUACGGCGGCGUCAGCCCAGAAGACGGCUGCUGGCAUGAUCCAACGACCAAUGAUCUCCCUGUGGGAUCGAUUGGCGUUGACCCGGGGCACUUUAGCUGGGCACGGGGAGCAGUAGGAGCGGUGCAGAGAGUCAGAGGAGCGGGUGGUUUUUGA